UUGCGGGUCUACGUCAAAGGUGACAACGAGCCAAAAGCUACACGAUUUUUAAUUUGACUCGUAGCAACUGCGCAAGGGUGGCGCGAGGUGUCAGUGACAAGGUGUAUCUAACCUUAAAAUGCGAUCAUCCGUGAUAACCAAUGUGAUUGUACUGUUUGGACUGCAUUUGUCGUAUUGGUGUUGGAACACGGUAGAUGCCAGCGGCGGGGCACUCGACACGAGCUCGAACUUUCAAUCUGGUUCAACUGGAGGUUCACAUUCCAAAGUUACGGCAUUCUCCGCGACACUUACCGAUGGAUUAGCGCAAGCCGUUGCUCACGAAGCUGGUUUAGAAGCUAUCAAAUCACUCCACAGUCAACUAGACGAUGAUGCCAAUGGAAAUGUGGAUCUUACAGAGUCAGAUGAUUUUUUAAGAGAAGAGUUACAAUAUGAAGCUGGGUAUGAAAGGAGACAGAGGGCUUUCCAUCAUAAUGAUGAUAUGCAUAUUAGUGUUCGAGAACUUUGGGAAGCCUGGCUAAGGUCAGAGGUUCAUAAUUGGACUAUAGAACAAACAUCAGAAUGGUUAGCUUCUAGUGUAGAUCUUCCACAAUAUGUUCCUACUUUUAUACAACACCGUGUAACUGGUGCUACACUUCCAAGAUUGGCUGUGAACAAUAUGCAAUACCUAAGUAAUGUGUUAGGCAUCAAGGAUCCCAUUCAUAAACAAAAAAUUGCCUUAAAAGCUAUGGAUGUAGUUCUUUUUGGGCCACCAAAGGAUACUGGACAUGGCAUCAAAGAUACGGUAUUAAUAACAUUGUUUUUCGGAGUGUGUAUAGGAUGUUGGUAUGCAUAUCGGCAGAGGCAAGACUCAAAGAAACAUCUCCACAGAAUGAUGAAGGAUAUGGAGAGUUUACAUAAAGCAGAAUUGGCAUUGGAGGACUUGCAAAAAGAAUUGGAGAGGGCACGAAUGGAACAAGAAAGUGUAACUACUGAGAAACAAAACUUAGAGAAACGUUUACAAGACGAAAGUGUGGGAUUGCACGCUUCUUACUCCGAUCUCGAAGUUUCUCAAUUAAAGGCAGAAAUCGAAAUGUUAAAAGUUGAAUUGCAACGUGCAGAGGGCGAACUCGAAGACAGAUGUUGGUCUCCUCCUUCUGGAUUGCAACAUUGGUUACAAUUAACUCACGAAAUUGAAAAUAAAGCAUAUACCAAGAAAAAGAUAUCUGCAGAGAAACAGUUGCAACAAGCACGAGAAGCAUGCGAGAAACUGCGAAAAAAACGAUCGAGUUUAGUAGGAGCGUUUGUUUCAACUCAUGGAAAAUCGAUUGAUGAAGUUGACAAAAGUAUAGUUGAGGCAAGAACUGCUCUAAACGAAGUCACCGCAGAAUUGCAAGAAAGAGUACAUCGUUGGAAGCAAAUUGAGCUGUUAUGUGGCUUUAAUAUAAUAAAUAAUAAUGGUCUAAGUUAUUUAGAAACUGUUCUAUACAGAGGAACUCCUAACGGUCGAGGUCUUGGACUCAGAGGUCGACUCAGUAGCCAAGAUGACUUAGACGACGAAGCAAGUUCAGUUUACUCGCCUUCAACAUGUGGUGCCGCAGGUACACUAGACAGCCUAAUGUGGAAGGAGUCGUCGGUUCCUCCAGACUCGUCCAGCAGUGAAACCGGGAAGGAUACACCACCAGAGAGUAACGUUGUACAUUUCACCGUCGGCGAUGGGCCCGUCGAGCCCGUCAGAGCAUCCAGCAAAGAGAAGUCCAACAUCACGCGUUCCCACAGUCAAGACACGAGCAUGCCUCUCGCCGUCGAGAACAAGACUACCACACCAUUCCUGUCGAAGUCGUCUUAUUCAGAGAAUUCGUUGGAUUCGUCGAGCCAAGAUCGAUCAGGGCAGCAAAAAAUUGGUCCAACGUUCGCGACGACCGCGAGUACCACCAGCAUCAACUCCACGACAACGACGAGCAUAUCGAGCAGUAGCAGGAAAGCGUUGAAGGAGCCGCAACAACAGUCAACGGUGGACGACGAAACGUUAUCGACGGACUCGAACUCGACCACGGACAACGACGAGUCGAAAAAACGACGCCGGAAGAUGCUGUUCACGUUCAGGAGGAACAAGACCAAGGUCACGUUAUGAAGCCCGCUAGUCAACAUAACAUACACUAUAUAUCUGUGUUGUAACGUUCUUACUUAACGCUAACUCACCUGCGAUCGAUUAAUUGUGUCAUUACGAGCCGCAACGUGCACUUAAAACAUGAUGAAAACGACUUGUCUCCGCGAACCGGUUGAUCAUUAAUUAGCGAUUAGAUACAGCCGGUACAUAUACGUAUACGUACAUACAGACACACAUUAUCUGUACACGCAAAUAGAGGGACAGGUAUAGUUUGGCGGAACAUCGAUGACUUCCCUUCGUUGACCCUUUGGUCUGCAUCAAAUCGGACGUUGGCAUUUAAUCUCGCUUCUAUACAAGCCCAAUGCUAUUGAAAUUGAUUGUACGAGUUUGAGAGCUUCCAUCGUGUAUUGCUGUAUUGCAGAAGGCAGGUAGAAAAACAGGGGAAAUUAGAAAGUAUCGUAUGAAUUAUGGAAAUGGUACUUACUCUUCAGUAAACUCUCGAUGGAAGAGCAUUCGAAUACGACUUAGGGGUUAGUUACUUAGUCAAUCCAGUUUCGGUAGUUUCUAGGUACUGUAUGUAAUUGGUGUCGAAGCUCCUUGUAAUAUAAAUAUGGCAAACAAACGCAGCUACGAACGUUCAAAUCUUAUUAGAUUUUGAGAAACGUAGCUGCCUCUUUGCAAUCUGUACAUUAAUGUAUGAUACAAGCAUAAGGAAGGGAUUUUGUUAAGGAAUUGUACAGUAUGAGCUUGACGCAUAACGAAAUUGAUUAUGCCAGUGUCUGAUUAAUUAUACAAUAAUAGUAGUGUCACGGUUUAAAGAAGCGUUAGUUAAGUAAGUCUAAGAAAACGAGAAAAACAUACCUAACGGCCAACGAUGGAGAGAUAGAUAAUUCUGAGAGUUAGAAGCGAUGUUCCGCUCUGCUACUGUCGUGUAGAAUGUUUUUGGUGCCCUGCUGUGUCUCCUAUUCUGCCAAAUCUUCGUUCUGUUCGCAACCAGACAUCAUCAAGCGACGUCCAAUUUAGACAGCUAGAUUUUUAAACCCGCGAAAUUCUUUAAUCACGACAAUAUUUUGGCUCAGGGAUGGGCGAUCUUUUCUCUAUACCCGUGUACCUCCUUUUCAAUUUCAGGUAGAAUUGUAUACCGACAGCUCUCUGUCUCAUUCAUUGUAAUUUAAAUUGAGCUUCUUUUUCGCUGGAACGUUCCUUUAAUUUCCCCUUUGUAUUCCACUGAAUAGUAUCCAGCAGCUGUUCACUUUUCGAUUAGUCUCUCUGAAAUAAAAGAAUCUCAAUUUUAAAUAUUUAUAAUAAAUAUAAAUUGUCUUUGGAUUAAGUUUUGUAGUAAGUUAUGAUAGUGAAAAUUGAUCUUUGAACAGCUACAAUGAACACGAUAUUUUACAAUCUCUAACAACGUAUUCACCUCUUCUUUGAAGCAGUGGAAAUACUUUACUUGGUCCAUUCCUAUUCUUUCGUGCAUUUUCAUUCUUAAAAUUAUUUCGAACGCCAGUAAAACAAUGAAUGAAGUUCUAGAAAGAUUUCAUAAUCGAUUACAAUUUAUAAAAAUGUAUGUUCCUCCGAUGUUUCUCCAUGACGAUACUCGGCCUAAGUAAUCAUUAAGCGAAAUCUACUAAGAAAGAAGCUUCUGUCGUAUCUGCUUUAACAAGUUCUUCAUUUCUUGACUAUAAUUCACGAGUCCGGUAUUAUAAUUCCAACAUAGAUCUUUAUUUAAAGAAAAAGAAAAGCGAUCGCUCAUUCCUAGAUCCAUCGUGACUUGUUUCUCUUGCGCAAAAACACGAAAUUCUAGCGUACUGAAGCUUUCGUUCCUUUUUUUUUUGUUUCUUUUUCAAUCGAUGAACUAGUGGUAGUCGUUAAAUGUAAAUCUUCUUUCUGUUUUCUUUUGUCUUUUCUCCCUUUCAUUUUUCGUAUUCAUUGUUUUUUUGGCCCCUACAGUACAGGUCCAGCACAAAUUCUUCCUCUUCGCCUUCCUAUUUGAUUUCUUAAUAUACACUUAAAUAUCGCGAUCUCACACACUUUAUCAUUUUUUAUCUUUGCUUUGCUUUUUGCAAAUUACAAUUGCCCUCUAUCUUUCUUCGUAUUACGCUGAGUUAUUAUAUCCUUCUUUAUCCGAAUGUGUCUUCAUUUCUUGAAAAACUUGCGAAAUUUAAUGACGAUAUUUUCCAUUUAAUCGCGUUCGGUUAAACAGCACGAAUAUCAGAUUCCAUUGUUGAAUUUGGUGUAUCUGUAAGGAGCAGAGCUCUGUUCUGAAAUAGGCGAUAAUAAGAUAAGAGAAUACCUAAAAUAUCUUCAACUAUUAAGUCAUCCCACGAGUGAGGUAGCGUUUUUAAUAUUAUCUUUUUAAGAACACAAUUAAACACAAUAAAAACACAAAUAACAAUUGAAAGAGGAUUUGCAGUUGAUCAGAUUUCAAGUAUUUUCCAAAGUAUGUGAAUUUUGAGUAAUUCUCAUUUUUUAGAAGUGAAAUUGUUCACCUAACCGCAGUCAACCAUAAUAUUAGUUCCUUGCUUGAUAAAAUUCAUACUUGUGGAAUGACAUAAUAACAAAUGAUCAUAAAGAGAUUUAGGACACUCAUCCUUCGAGGUUCAUGAAGAUUUGUAAAUAGAAUAUCGUUGAAAAGCAAUAAUCAUUAAGACGUCUCUGUUUUUCUUCCUAUACGUGACUUUACACGAUAAUGUGUGCAAGUAUUACUAGGUUUAACACUACGAAUAAAGCUCACGAAUCUCAAAGGAGAGAGAGGAAGGGAACUAGCAUAAAAACUGACUUUUGUGCUUGCCUUGUACCACAUAGAGAAUCUCUAGUUCAAAUUAUUUACAGUCUUCCAUGAAUCAUAAAAGAGUACAUAAAUCGUGACAUUUUAUCGUCGCGUUUUUUAUUCAAUUUAUGCGCCGUUUAUUCUUCUUUUCUCCUUCUUUUUUCAAACGACUCGUUCAUAAUAUUGCGACACCUUCUAAUGUUUAAACGAUUAUGGUCUGCCUGAAAUCAAUUAGUCGUUCAAGGCCAUCGAAUAAUCUCUAUUGUUUCAUAUACUUUAGAAUUUCGUUCAUCAUUAUAAUAGUGGAGAACGCUAUUACACAGAUUAUCUAGAAAUCUGAAAGCUUAGGAUAUUAUUAGUACGGAAUGGAAAGCACUAUCUAACUCCCUUUGUAACAGCGUUGAAAAAUUAUCGAGAUAGAGGUUUAGCAAGGAGGAAAGGGUACGAUGAUUUAUAAUUAAGAAAGUGACCUUAAGUGACUGACUGUUUUUGGUCAGACUGUAGAAUUAACUUAUUAUCGCUUCCUCGUAUUACGCAUAAUUCUCUACAGUUGUCGCGCGUGGCAACGAACAUACAAUACAGGACGAAGUGGUUUCUUCCUUUCUUAUCAUAUUUUUCUCAUUUUAUGUAUAUACACUGUAUAUGUACGUAUAUACAUUAUGUACACACACACACAUGCACACACAAGUAUGUCCGUGUACAUAUAAACGUAGAAGCUUAAAAGCGGUGAGGCUGGAACUCUCUGAAACUUAUACCAUGUAAAGAAGGAUAGUGCGAUAAGAUUUAAACUCGAGUAUUAAAUCGACCAUUAUCACAUGAAUAUGCGAAGCUACUGUUACAGACAAUUUUGAUAAGUGUCAUCGCCCUCGCGUCGAUUAACUUUCCGUGCGCCGGUUUCUCCAUAAUCGAAGAGGAAUUCUAUCUUGGAAAUUUAAUGAUGCGCUCGACUCGAAUUCUAAUUAGCAAAAGUUUGUAAUUGGCACGUGAAAUCGGAAAAUUCGAGAGUUAGGAGGUUCGAGAAGCUGAAAACUUGGAAGCUUAACAAUUUGAAAGUCAUUGAAAUACGCGAACGUCUAGAAAUUGAUGAAGAUGAAAAUUCGAGAGAACCUAGACCACGGAGAGUUUGAAUAAACGCUUAUUGUCCUUUUUGUUUCACUUGUUCUUCCAAAAUGCCUGCACGAUUAAUCGACCACUUUCGCUUGAUCUUCUCUCUUGUGCUACCCGAUGUUUUUAAUAUUUAUUUUGUUGUGCAUCUUUACCCUGACCCAAGAGCAGUGGAUUUCGUUCGCUAUUUUGCGGUUUUUCUACGUGUAUCCUGGAAAAUCUUCCUUUUGUUUCGCCCUUAUUCCUUUUCCCUUUCACGCGAUGCGCAUUCCUCUUGCCAGCUUAUUGUUCCAGAUGACGCUUACUUAGCUCCUCUCCUAACUGGCAAACUGACACAUUUGUAUCUCAGGGUUAGUCUCAGUUUCUUUUUCUGAUCACGACAACGUACUAAUUAUGAGUACGAUCACGAGUGUGUUUUUCGGGGGCGUCUCUCUAUCUGUAGAGAUACACACGUUUGAACAGACAUCGAUCCAGACCUCUGGACGAGUUACUUAGGGACGUAUUGUAAGAGAGCAAUAAGCGAAGCGAUCUGACGUUCAAUGGACCAAGUUCGAUUAACGUUAUGUAGCGUUACGUGAAAAAUAAGAAGAGGUAUAGUUGCAAGCAUCGAUAGUUGGAACGUUCUUCUAGGCUCAAUCAUAGUAUUAUAGAAUAGUAGCAUCAGGGAAGAUUGUCGUAGUUAAGUAUUUAAACAAACUUUUAUCUCGAACGAGAUAUCACAGCUUGCGAGGGCUUCCGUAUAUGUAAAAAUACAGCCGUAUAAUCGUAUCAAUUUUAUCGUAACACACUGUUUACCAAUUAUACAAAUCUGCCAACUUUAUCAUUACAGUAGUAUCGUUGUUAAAAUGCUUGAGAGAAAAUGGUCCAAACUCUAUUCAGGGCACACUUUUUCGAUAUUUAAAGAUGUAGAUAACGAAACUGCUAGGUAAACGUUGCGUUAAAUUUGAGAAAGUGUGUAUCCGUUGAUUCAUCUGCAGUCUUCUACAGCAGAAAAGUUUUUUCAAAAAUAUCUUUCUUCUUUAGCUUGUAUCCGAUUGUUCCGCGAAAAGGUUUCAUCUUCGAAUGAAAUCAAUUUUCCUAUAGGUAUACGAUGCAUUACGUUCGAUUAAAAACUUAAGACUGCAAUGAAUUAAUAAGUGAGAAAAUCUUGCAAUAGCAAUAUGUAACACGUGUGACACUCGUGUUCCCCAGCAGAACUGAAAAAGAAAUAUUGUUAAUAUCUGAUGUAUAAAUCAUGUUUCCCUUUGUCGGGUAUGCUAUGUUCUCCAAAUGAAAAGAAACAAGAAAGAAGAAAGAAGCUCACUCCCACGAUUUAAGUCGUUGAUCAAACCGCCUGACAUCUUUAUGGUUGUAUGAUUUAUCGUAAGAGCUGACAUACGGAAUAAAAGCAAAGGUCAAUUUUAACUAGCUCUUUGCGACGUUCUUCUCGUGCAAACUAUAAAUUGUAUUCCCUGCGUGAAACCUGGGAACCUUUCUCGACUGG